UUUGCUUAUUCAUUUUAGUUUUGGGCGAGAGGGGAGAAUCUUUUCUGAGUCUUGGGUAAGAGUCCUUCAUUUUCCUGCAAAACUUUGCCUUCAGCAGCAAACGACGACUUUGUUUCAUCCGUCUCUGUGAUACAAUUCAUCCACCCAGAGAUCUUCUCUGAAGGUAUCCUGAGUUGCCGAUUCUUCUAUGGCUUCUUUCAAAGCAUUCUUGAACAGUCCCGUUGGUCCAAAAACAACUCACUUUUGGGGCCCUGUUGCUAACUGGGGUUUUGUCAUUGCUGGACUCGUAGACAUGAAAAAACCUCCGGAAAUGAUUUCUGGCAACAUGACUGGAGCAAUGUGCGUAUAUUCUGCAUUGUUCAUGAGGUUUGCUUGGAUGGUUCAGCCGCGCAACUAUCUGUUACUUGCUUGCCAUGCUUCAAAUGAGACGGUGCAACUCUAUCAACUCUCCCGCUGGGCCAAGGGUCAAGGGUAAGCUCUGACUCGAGGCUUCUAGCUAUGAGUGGAUGAACAAAGUCUUCAUGCAUCUGUAUCUGAUUAUAUGUUGUGAACUAAUGAGUGAUCUUAUGAUAAAUGCUUGAAAAAACAAUGCAACUAAUGUUCAUUUUUGUUGCUAGGUACUUGGGAGAGAAGAAAGAGGAGGCCUCGACUCAGUGAAUAGACUUUGUGUUCUCUCUAAAGCUGAAAUCCCAGCUUACCAUCCAUCUGCAACAAUUGAAAUGGAAAAUAAAAGGCUUAUAUGAUUCAAAUUUGUCAUUAUCUUGUGAAACUAUUUUUCCUCAAGACAUCUGUGUAAUUUUAUAUGUUGCAAAUUCAAGCUUAUAUUCCUAGUGA